CUUUCACAUUUUCUACAAUUAAAACCUAAUUUAGAUUGAGAGGGAGAGAAAGAAGGCUGCUGGUCAUCACUGCCCUCUCUCCCAUCGCCGCCGUCCAUACCAACUGCCCGCCCCUUCGCUGCCGCCACCCUUCUCCGCCACUUGCUGCCCAGCUUGGCAAGAAGUGAAAGGAUACAGUAUUAAAAAUAGAACUGAACCAGUGAAGCAGACACAACCAAGACAUGGAAUCCAGUUUUAAUGGAGAUGAUGCUAUUGAAAAACUUAAAGGAAUUCAAAUAACCUCUCUGGAUGACGAGGACGACGACGACAAUGACUAUGACAGUGAAGAUGAAGAAGAAGAACAACAAGAGCCAGUAACACUAGGUUUUUUGGAGAAGCCUAAGCACCCUUGGUCUCUUCUUCGUCAAUUAUAUCCGAGUAAAGCUGGUGGCAGUCCGGCAUGGCUUGAUCCAAUUAAUAUACCAUCUGGCAGGUCUUGUGUCUGUGACAUAUGUGGAAAUCCUUUGCAAUUUUUGCUUCAGGUCUAUGCACCAAUAUCAGAUAAGGAAUCAACAUUUCAUCGAACUCUAUUUGUGUUUAUGUGCCCGAAGAUGUCAUGUCUUCGUAACGAUCAACAUGAGCAAUGGAAGAAGGGUGGUGAGAAGCCAUUAAGAAGUGUGAAGGUGUUCCGUUGUCAAUUGCCUCACCUUAACCCUUUUUACUCUAGUGAUGCCCCGAGAUUCAAUGGGACUGAUGAACCUUCUAAACCCGGAGUUGCACUUUGCGAUUGGUGUGGUACUUGGAAAGGAGAUCGUGUUUGCAGUAGUUGCAAAACAACACGGUACUGCUCACCAGCACACCAGAGUAAGCACUAUAAGCACCACAAAAUUGGUUGUCAACAACUGAGUCUGUCACAAAUACCUGGCUCUAGCUCCAAUAAUAGAAAAACCACUUCAACAGAGAGAAACAAAGCUGCUAGCAAUGAACUGUGGCCGGAGUAUGAGAUAAGAAAUGAGGAUGAAAAUGAGUUUGAUUCCGAUAUGUCUGAUGAUAAUGAACACGAUAACCAAUUGGUUUCAAAGAAGAGCUCGGAUGGCACCAUGGAGUCAUUGUUAGACUGUUUCAAGGCGGAUAGUGACAGAAAAUAUUGGGCUUCUUUCCAAGAACGAAUAGCCAAAGCCCCAGAACAAGUUUUGAGGUAUUGCAGGAAUGACUCUGCAAGACCCCUGUGGUGUACAUCUAGUGGUCGACCAUCUAAACAAGAUAUCCCUAACUGCAAUUAUUGUGGCAGCCGAAUGAUUUUUGAAUGUCAGAUCCUACCUCAAUUGCUCUACUACUUUGGAGUAAAGAAUGAGUCUGAUUCUCUUGACUGGGCAAACAUCAUCAUCUACACUUGCAGAGCCUCCUGUGAUGGUAGCACGGCCUACAAGCAAGAAUUUGCUUGGGUUCAACUCUGAAUUUACAUCUCUCCAUGCAUUAGCUUGUGCACUCAACUACUGAGAGAGAAUGAGUAGCAAUAUUGAUGGGAGGGCCCUUGAUUUUCAAAUGCAAGGAUGAUUCAGAUCCCAUUAUCAACAGUUUUGAGAUAUAUUUAUGAGGACAUUGUUGUAGUGGAUUAUCUAUUUUGAUCACUAUUUGCAUUUGAGUGAAAUUUGGAGGAGCAGUUGUUAAUUUUUUUUU